AUGGUUGGAACUUGUGCUGAAUCUGUCAUUCGUCUGUUUUUAGUCUGUAUUUGCGGCCUCUGUACGUCACACCCAUACGCUACCACACUUCAGUUCUCCACCCUCCUACUUCUCCUUCCCUAUCUCUUUUUCUUUCUCUUUUUCUUUUCUCUCUUUCUCUUCCUUCCACAGUCGACAUCCUCCAAAUUUCCCCACCCCUCGCUUUUUCUUUCCUCUCCCAACGUCUGCAUUACACGAUUCUGCUUCUUUCUCUCCUUCCUGACUCUCCCAUCCUUGCUCUCCCUUCUGCUCUCCCUCCAGCCCUCUCAAAUGUCUGACCUACCGCCAUUACAUCUAUCUCUGCACCGCCCCCUUGUUUGGGUCUCUGUGUGUACAUUCGGAUGUCUCCGUUUGUUUCCGUGUGCCGCCGUAUGCGAAAAUGAACACGUUUAUCAGUACGUUUGUUUGUGUAUCUCUGGCGAUUUUCUUGUUGAAUGUUUCUCUUUCACUAUAUUUCUUUCUUUCUUUCUCUUGUUCACUCUUUCUCUCUUUCUCUCUCUUCUCUCUAAAUAUACAUUUUUUACUUAUUUAAAUUAUUCUUUCACUCUCAAACAAAAACUUUCUUUCUUUUUCUUCCUUUCUUCAAUUAAUUUUUUUUACAUUUUUCUUUCCUUACGUUUUUUUUUUAAUUCUAUUACAUUUUUUCUUUCUUUUACUUUCUACGUUUUUUUUUCUUUUUCUUCUUUUUUUCUUUAUAUGGAUUUUUUUUUAUUUAUAUUAACAUGCUGUUCUCUCGUACUUUUUUUUUUUUUUUCUUUCUUCAAAAAAUCGUUUUUUACACGCUUCCUUCCUCUCUUUCGUACAUUUUUCUUUUGUCUUCUUCGGACAUUUUUCUUUCUAUUUCUUCUUUUUUUUCUUUAUACAGAUUCUUUCUUUGCAUAUUUCAUUCCAUCCUUUUUCAAUUGGCUAAAAUUCUUUCUUUUUUCUUUCUUUCUUUCAUCCACUUUUAGUUGUAUUUCAUGCUCUUUGUUCUUUCUAUCUUUUUCAUUCUUUCCUUCAUUCUUUCUUUCUUUUUCUUUCUUUCUUUAUUCUUUCUUUCUCGGCACAAUGUAUCUAUUUCCAUCUAUUUUUUUCCUUUCUUUUUCCUAUUUUAAAUUUCUAUCGUUUUCCUUCUUUAUUCAUAAAAUCAUUCUUCAUUUCUUUAAUUUAUAUCCUCUCCCUUUCCCAAAUCCCCCCGCUCUCUCUCUCUCUCCAUCUAUCUAUCUAUCUAUCUAUCUAUCUAUCUAUCUAUCUAUCUAUCUAUCUAUCUAUCUAUCUAUCUAUCUAUCGAUGUUUUCGAGUGAUCGAUUAUCUUAUUCGUAUCUCCUUUUUCUCUCCUUAAAAAGAAACGCGCUCUGCAACACACUCAUUAUUUUCAUUAGUAGAGAUUUAAACGCUAACAUUUCUCGUAUGUCUUUUGGGUGGACUCUUCUUUUUUUUUCUUUUGGUAACGACUUAUUGUUUUCUUCCAAUAGUAUACCUUUCCUGAAUGCGCACACACACUCACAACGCACGUACGCACAAGCACGGACGGCUAAACAUGCAUUUACAAAAACAGAGAACCGCACAACUGCCUUUUCCUUCUCCUCCUCCUCCUCCCGGCUAUUGAUCUCUUGUUUUCUCUCCUCCCACUUCUCCUCCCACGCAUUAUCCCGUCCCACUCAAGCGCACGGUUUUGCCUCUCACCCUCCGCUUUUUCUAUCUAUUCCGUCUUAA